AUGAAUCUUAGAAUUAUUUAAUUUCUUGUGCUUAAGAUGAUAAUGAAAUAUUAAUAAGUUAAUAAUAAGAAAAUAAAGAAUGGAUUAUUAUAUAAAAAAAUUAAUUAAGAAGGUGAAAGAUUAUGUUUUAUUAGUGAUAGCUUGUUUAUUGUCUAACCAUAUCUGUCUUCUAAAAUGAAUAUCUAUGAGUUGAAUCAUUAAACUAAAUUAUUUAACCAAAUCAACGAACUUUAAAUUAAAAAUGGGAGUAGUUGUCAUUGUUUUUUUGAAUCAUAAUACAUUAAAUAAAAGUAAAUUUUAGUCUGUAAGAAUGGAUUUAAUAUCAAUUUAAUAAAGAUAAACUAAUAAGCUGAAUUUAAAUUAAUUUAAUUUAUUGAUCUUGGAACAGGAAAUUCUUUUGGCAGAUUAACAGCAGAUGGAUAGUUUAUGGUAAUAUGGGAUGAUAAAACUUAAUAAAUUUAGAUAUUUUUAUUUAAAGAAAUUAAAAAAUGA